AUGGGGAGGACAUCAUACCGCUGGACGCGGGUGCGCUCCAUCGUCCUCACCCUCAUCACAAUAACAUGUGUCAUCUACAUCCUCGACACAACAUGGCUACACCCGCGCACAGAAACAGCUAUGCUGGAACGCUUCAUGAACACAGAAAGCCUCGUUCGGCAACCGGCGACACCAAAGUCUAGCUUCGACUGGUCCGCCGUCGACCUAAAGUACCCGCCUCAAGACCCGCUCACCCGCGUCCCGAACGGCGGCCGCGGCUCCCUGCCCCGUGUGCAACACCGAUUCGCCUCCGAGUCCCUCUCCGCUUCCCGGCGCCGGGAAGCCCGCCGGCAAGAAGUCCGGCGCCUCUUCCAAAAGAACUGGGCGAAUUACAGAGAGUAUGCCUGGAUGAAGGAUGCUCUCAACCCCAUCUCGGCCACCGCAAAGGACCAGUUCUCCGGCUGGGCCGCCACCCUCGUCGACUCCCUCGACGUCCUGUGGAUCAUGGGCCUCAAGCCGGAAUUCGAGGAGGCUGUCGCGGCCGUCGCGAAGAUUGACUUUAGCAUCUCCACGUCGGACCGCGUCAACACCUUUGAGACAAACAUCCGCUACCUCGGCGGUCUCAUGGCCGCCUACGACCUCAGCGGGCGCCGCGUCCUCCUCGACAAGGCUACCGAGCUCGGUGAUCUGCUGUAUGGCGCCUUCAACACAGAGCACCGCAUGCCGGUAGACUUUAUCAACUUCAACGACGCAAAGUCAGGCAAGGGCCUCAUCGUCGAGGGCUCCGUCGUCUCCGCGUCACCGGGCACCUUAUCCCUCGAGAUGACGCGCCUGUCCCAACUCACCGGCAAUCCAAAGUACUACGACGCCGCCGCCAAAGUCAUGGACCUCUUCCACGACGGCCAGCAAAAGACUAAACUCCCUGGCAUGUGGCCCAUGUUCGUCCACAUGGCCGACCGUGACGUCGUCACGGGCUCAACCUUUACUAUCGGCGGCUGCGCCGACUCGCUCUACGAAUACCUCCCCAAGAUGAUCGCCCUCCUCAACGGUGCGGAACCAAAAUACCGCACCAUGACGGAGAACUUCCUCAAAGCAGCCAAUGAGUCCCUCUUCUUCCGACCCAUGCUUCCCGGCGGCGAAAACGUCCUCAUCUCGGGCAACGUCGACGUCGACGCAGGCGGAACCCGCUCCCUCGACCCGGAAAGCGAGCACCUGUCCUGCUUCAUCGGCGGCAUUUACGCCCUUGCCGGUCGCGUGCUGGGCAAAGAAGAGUGGGUCACCGUCGGCGCGCGGCUGACGCUGGGGUGCUACUACGCCUACCAGGCCAUGCCGACGGGCAUGAUGCCGGAGCGGUACAACAUGGUCAAGUGCGACCGUCGUGACGCGUGCGUGUGGGACGAAGACAAGUGGGACGCGGCGAAGAAGUUGAAGACGGAGUAUAAGGAGCACUUGCCCAAGGGCUUCACUACGGCCAAGGACCCGCGGUAUAUCCUCCGGCCCGAGGCGAUUGAGAGUGUCUUUGUGCUCUACCGCAUCACGGGCGACCAGGGAUUCCAAGAGGCGGCCUGGGAGAUGUGGAAGGCUGUGAGUAACGGGACGCUCGUCGAGCACGGCAAUGCUGCGGUGUUGGAUGUUACGCAGAAGCAGGAUCCGCUGCCUAAGGAAGAUUACAUGGAGAGUUUCUGGCUGGCGGAGACACUGAAAUAUUUCUACCUCGUCUUCUCACCGCCCGACCUCAUCAGCCUCGACGACUAUGUGCUGAACACAGAAGCGCACCCCUUCCGGAGGCACCUUUGA